GGGGACUUAUUUUGCCAUGUACCAUACAUUCUUCGCUCCAAACAAGGCGGACAGUGUUCAACUUUUGUCCAGAAACUGCGCAGUGUGACCACUUUCAUAGUUAUACUGCCGAUAUUUUUUGUUCAUCAUGUCGGACACAUGGAGCAACAUCCAGGCGCACAAAAAGCAGCUGGACUCACUGAGGGAGAGGCUGCAGAGGCGGCGGAAGGACCCUGCACAACUGUCGGCGGGUAUGUCCAGACCAGGGUUCGAUUGUUUUUGUUACUACUGAAUUAGUGAGAUGAUUGAGGAAGUAAAUGAGCCGAUAAAUAGUGAACAUUUCAGUGCUGCUUAUUCCAAAGGGUUACUAAACAAAUGACAAAAGCUAUCGCAAUAUUGCUGUUGUUAAACUUCCAGCACUUGUUCGUUACACUGUACAGACAACUGGCCAAUGAUAAGUCAGACAGAGUUAGAGUGUGUAUGGGACGGUUUGGGAUUGAAAUCUCAUCCUUCUGAUUUUUGAUGGUGAAAUGUAUCUCUUUGUGUUAAUAUUAUAGACUGUAUAUACUAUGGACAACUUGGUUUCGCCUUCCGUUUGUAUAUGGAUUUGAAGUUCUCGGUAUUUCUGCGAUAUUUCUUCAUUUCCUGAAACCAGAAUUGGGCAGUAGUGUUGUACGCAUUUGGUGGGAGAGUCGCCGAGAGUCACUGUGAUGAUGCUCGACUCAGAUGGCAUAUCCCCUGGGUGAGCUACACAAUCCUUAUUACGCCCAUAGGCUGUAUCAAGUGUCAAUCAUAGAAAACUUGAAUCCCCUUAUAAGUUUUAAAAACGGAGCUGUGCAGAAAAAAGAACUGUACUGUAACUACAUGUCAACAUCACAAGCAGGGGAGAGAAACAUUUAUUUUCUGUGUAAUAAAUUUCUGAAGUUUGUCCACAGCUCCAUAGAGAUUGCUGGAGGAGGCGGGAUUUAUGACCUAUACUGCAGCCCGUCAACGGAUACAGUCUAUGGUUAAUACUUAAUGUUAAAACAAGGCACAAUCCUCAGGCAUUGAAAUUCACUGUAUGAAAUUUUUCCAAUUUGCUUUGAUUUGCCAUCAAAAAGGAAUGAGGGUUAGAUAUCAAAAGUAAAGAAUAGAUCAAAAACAACAAGAUUGUUUGUCACAUAAUUGAAAGUGUUGACUUUGGCACCUGCAUGAUUUGAUUGGUCUAAAUGUUGGCGUUCAUGGUGUUUGUCUGCUGUUGGUCAGAUUCCAUAGGGAGCAGCACAGAUGGCUCCACAGCUCGGAGUGACAGCCCAGCUCCUUCUGCACCUUUACCUCCUCAGGAAGAAGCAGAAAAACCUCCAGAUCCUGAGCUUGAGAAGAGGCUGCUGGGAUAUCUGUCUGAUCUGAGUCUUCCUUUGCCCAUAGACUCUCUUGCCAUCACAGAUGAUCUCAGUGUGAGUGUUUGUUUCAUCGCAGAGAACAAAGUUCAAGCUUUUUGGUCAUCUCAUUUAAACUUCUCUCUUUCUCCUCACAGUCUGAAGCAGCCGUCAGUCACGCUUGCAUCCAGAGUCUGCUGCUCAAGUUCUCUGCACAGGAGCUCAUCGAAGUCCGACAGCCCAACUCCUCCUCCUCUUCUUCCUCUACUUCUUCCUCCUCCUCCAUUGUUGUAUCAGUGGACCACACAAAACUGUGGGCUAUGAUUGGACCUGGAGCCGGAGCCCAACGGAGCGGAGUCAAGAGAAAAGCAGAAGAUCAAAUCCAGCACAAGAGAGCUCCAGGCUUCUCGCCUUCGCUGAAGAGCUCCGCUUCACCUCCACAGGCCUCCUUCUCCUCUCUGACUCCGGCGGUCUCCACACAGCUGGCGGGGACUUCUUCAUCAGGCAGCGGGGCUGAGAAGAAGGGAAGGAGCAGUAAGAGUCAGUCGUCUCAUGUGGACAUGGAGAUCGAGAGCCUCCUGAACCAGCAGUCCACCAAGGAGCAGCAGAGCAAGAAGGUAGGAAAAAGGGUUAGGAGAUGAGUUAGUGGUAGGAAAAAAAGAGGACCAACACCUCAGAGUAAAGCGAGAUACUCCAAAGAUGUGAUAAAAUGAACGUUUUUUACGUCUAGGUGAGCAGAGAGAUUCUGGAGCUGCUCAACGCCAGCACGGCGAAGGAGCAGUCCAUCGUUGAGAAAUUCAGGUCUCGCGGUCGAGCUCAGGUCCAAGAGUUCUGCGACCAUGGGACCAAAGAGGAGUGUGUGCGCUCCGGGGACACUCCUCAGCCGUGCACCAAACUUCACUUCCGGUCAGUGUUUGUCAGCUCAUGAUUUUCAGAGUUUGAUUCAACCACACAGGUUUAAUUUUCUGAUAGACCUGAAACAUUGUUUUAAACAGAAAAUACCUCCUUUGGCCUGAAGAGGUCACUAUAAUCAAGGUUAAAAACAGAGGCCCUAUGAGAAGCAUUUGGGUAAAGUUCUGGAGAAAAACAGACUCCCCCUCCUCCUUGUGUAAUUUGUUUUCAGGUCAAACUAAAAAGUGCUUUUGAUAUUUUUAUUGUCUUUUUAAUAGAAUUUAGCAACACAGGCAUGUUGUUAUGCAGCUCACUGACUUAUUCAUACACUUUUCUUUAGUCGCAUCAUCAACAAGCACACGGACGAGAGCCUGGGCGACUGCUCCUUCCUCAACACCUGCUUCCACAUGGACACCUGCAAAUACGUCCACUAUGAGAUCGACAGUCCACCAGAGGCCGAAGGGAGCCUGCUGGGGCCCCAGGCCGGAGCCGCCGAGCUGGGCCUGUGUGCGGGAGACGCAGACAGCAACGUGGGCAAACUGUUCCCCUCACAGGUGGGUCAGAGAGGAAACCAAAUGACAGUUUUUGUUUUAGCAUGACUCGCAAAAUGGACUCAUUAAUCGUUUGAAACAGUGGAUCUGCUGUGAUAUCCGAUACCUGGACGUGUCCAUACUGGGUAAAUUUGCGGUGGUGAUGGCUGACCCUCCGUGGGACAUCCACAUGGAGCUCCCGUACGGGACUCUGACUGACGACGAGAUGAGAAAACUUAACAUCCCCAUCCUGCAAGACGACGGCUUCCUCUUCCUCUGGGUCACCGGCAGGUAAGACCAACAGAUGAACAAACAUCAAGUCUAGACGGAUUCAUGAUCCAACCAUCAUGGACUUAAUCAGACACAUUAACUGACAGUCAGCUAAAGGGUGAGUGGAUGUUUGUUCAGACUCCUCAUCUGCUUCACUGCUUUCCCUGCAGGGCCAUGGAGCUGGGCAGAGAGUGUCUCAGUCUUUGGGGGUGAGUCUUACACACAGAAUCCAGCUGAUGCUUAUUGAUCACCUGGACAUCAUCUCGUCUCAUCUUCAUUCUUCUUUGUGCUUUUCCACCUUAGCUAUGAGCGUGUGGAUGAAAUCAUCUGGGUUAAAACCAACCAGCUCCAGAGAAUCAUCCGCACAGGGAGGACAGGACAUUGGCUGAACCACGGGAAGGAGCACUGCCUGGUAAUUUCUAGUGUAUUCUUGUAAACACUUCAUCCUCACUGUGUUGAGGAAUCUUGCCUGCGGGAUGAUUUGCACGCUCAGGCAUGGGAGACACCGCCUGAGCGCUCGAGGGUGUUUUGAAGCAAGUCGCUACAGAUUGACUGAAUGUAAACCUCCAAGCAUAAGAGUUUGAAAUGAAACCAACAGUGCCGUGUGAUUUUCAUUCAGGUGGGCGUGAAGGGGAACCCUCAGGGCUUCAACAGAGGAUUGGACUGCGAUGUCAUUGUAGCAGAGGUAAAUAGUGACAGCUUCAGUUAUUGUGUAGUUUACGCAGCGUCGAACAGGUCGCUUCAUUUACACUUUUCCCUCCAGGUCCGCUCCACCAGUCACAAACCAGAUGAGAUCUACGGCAUGAUUGAGAGACUCUCGCCCGGCACGAGAAAGAUCGAGCUUUUCGGUCGACCCCACAACGUCCAGCCCAACUGGUAACACAACAUCAGACCCUUGUAGUGAUGUUAAAAUCCAGAUUUCUUUGCACGCUCAGGAAUAUUAUCGCUGGACUUUUUCAUCAGCUGACACACUCAGCCUCUCUAGAGCGUCCUUUUUAGACCGAGUCAUGUCACUUACCUGUUACAAACAAAUGAAACUCCUUCAGAGAUGUCCCUGAAGGUGUUUCAUUGCCCCCGUCUUGAUUCUGUUGAAACAUGCACCAGAUUUCCAAUGAGCACAAUUUUUCACAGUUUCAGCAUUUGAGCUCUUAUAUGUACGUGUCUAUUUAAGGAUUUUCAAACCAUCAAAUUCUGUUUUGCACUCAUUUCGUUUUCUUCAAUUUGUAGGAUUACUCUCGGAAACCAGCUCGAUGGCAUCCAUCUCCUGGAUCCUGAAGUGGUGGCUCGAUUUAAGAAGCGAUAUCCAGACGGGGUCAUCUCCAAACCCAAAAACAUGCCUCAGUAAAGACUUUAACGGUGACUUAGAGGUUUGGAGAAGUUUGUCCACAGACUGAUUUUAUUUUUUAUACCAUUGACCAACUUUAACUUACGAUUAGCGGGACACACCACCUGUGAUUUUUUGACGAGAAAUAACAUCAAUAAAUAACGUAGGUGCCGUUUUCUCUGAAUUUCUCCACGCAUUUAAUGCAGCGAAACAUCAUUUGAAAACCAAGAAAAACACAGGACACACUUUUGUAAUGUGAAUUUUUUUUGUUAUCAUGUUAGCAAAGAAUAAAAGGUUCUUUGACCAACACAGACUUCAACAAUUGACAAUGUUUUGCAUCAAAGUACAAACACUGACAUUUCAAUUCUAGCCGAUUCUCUCAAUCCUUCGGGAUCAGCACUUCCGUUCGUUUCGAUUCAUUACAGGCAAACACAGAACCCUUUUCAUCCUAGAAACCUGCUGUUUGGUCAGUUUAUCAAAAAAAAGAAGUGAGUUUAAAACCAGAGUUUUGUUUCAUUACAAAAAUAUACAAAUAUAAGAAAGAAGCCAGAAGAAGCCAAAGACUGCAGACGGCUUUAUCUAAGAGGAGCAGGUCUUUCUGUGCAGCUUGAUUAAAUUUAGGGAUGAAUUAAGUCGAGGCAAAAAGAAGAAACUGCAGAAUAUCUUUCAGCAAAUGUAACAUAUUAUCUCGACAACAUUCACAAGCAUCCGUUUCUGGAUUAGGGUCAUAUCUUUUUAUGUAAGAGUGACACUGUGUUUGGUACGUUUUCACCCAGUGAGCUGUGUUAUGUCACAAAACAGGAUUAGAAAGUAAAUCUGCAAAGAAAUGUCAACAUUAGUUUCAGAGACAUGAUUCAGCACUCACGGUGAUGAUUAGGAUCACAUGGAGAUACUCAUAAUUACACCUUUUGAAGGCUGCUUCUCUCAACACCUACUAUUAAAUGAUUAAAAUAUCUGUGCUUUUCUUCACAAAAGUAGCCCGAAGAAAGAUUUAAAAAAGCAUCCAAAAUAAAAAAAACAUAAUGCACUUUUUGGCUGAGAAUGCUGUAAACAAGUCUCUACCUUGUUCUCUGUCCAUUUACCAUGAACCAUCUAUCAUGAUUUUCAGAACCAAGCCCCCCUUCCAGUCUGUUUUCCUGUUGGUUUUGAUGGCAGCAAGCGACAAAGGCGUUAAAACUACAGUUGAUGUUACAUGUGUUUGCUCAGCUAUCAGUCUUCAGGGUCCUAGCAUGAAUGGGCAACAGAAACUUUGCCAUUGGAGUCCAUUUAUCUCCGACGCAGCGUCCUUCAGUAGGUGGCGUCCACUGCGUUGAUGUUGCUGUCCAGCUGGUGUCUAAACGACAGCCUGGCCUUUGUGGAGAAAUAUAUCUGCGAGCCGCGACUCAGGCUUCCCGCUCCGUCGCUGUCGCUGCUCCAGGAUGUCGUGGAGGAGAGGCGGGGCUUCAUCUCUUCGAUGGGAACUG